CGCAUGAACAGCAACACAGCCAACACAUUUGAGCUGCAGAACGAGCACGGAGUAGUCAGAUAAGUAGUAACCAACACGAGAGCGGUCUUCCUGCUGUGGGCAGAGGCACUCGGCGAUAAAGUCGCUCUUGGUAAACGAGGAGGACAGCGUUUAGUCACUUUUUACGCAGAGGAUACAGCAACACGCCAACACCUGAAGUGAGUUUGGGCAACAAGGGGAAUUGCUGAGUGGAUACGCUAUAUGAGUGGCACUGUAGCAGAUAUAAGAUGACAUCGAUGAAGCAGAAUUAAAGUGGACAAUGAUCCGAAGAGUGUAGAGAGCGCGUAAGGGGCCGUGGGGAUGCCCUGAAUUGUCCCACAGGAGAACCGUGGGCGCACUUAUGCUUCUGUGGAGAGGAAUAAAGUUUCUACUUAUUCUUGGAUUUACUGCUCUAAACACACUGCCGCAGUGAGUUUGUUUUAUCAUUUUGGCAGGGCCGCUUGAAACUGUUCAUUAUGGCCAAGAAAAGCCACUGGAGCUCCAGAGUGAACGAGUGCGCUGUGGGUAAAGAUGCUCGUGGGGAGCUGAACGUAGCGCUGCGCGGCGGCGCGGAGCACGGGGAGUUUGCCUACAUCGGUCCCGUGAACAACGCCGAGGUGAUUUACCACUACGGGACUGUAGCUGAGGGAGAACUGCUUCUAGAAGUGGAAAACCUGUCUAUUUCUGGAUUACCGCUUUACGACGUACAGACGGUCAUACGGAACUGCAAAGGUCCAGUCAGGUUAAAGACUGUCAGACAAGGAAAUAAGCUGAACAAAGACCUCAAACACUACCUAAGUUUGCGCUUCCAGAAGUCUUCGCCGGACCACGAACUGCAGCAGACCAUCCGAGACAACCUCUACCGCCACGCUGUGCCUUGUACAACCCGCCCCCCUCGUGACGGAGAAGUUCCUGGUGUGGACUACAACUUCUUGUCUGUGGAGGAGUUCUUGAAGUUGGAGAAGAGUGGGACCCUGCUGGAGACAGGCACAUACGAAGGUAACUAUUAUGGGACGCCCAAGCCUCCGGUGCAGCCCCCCAGUGGGACAGUGAUCAGCACGAGCAGCGGUGGUGGUGAUGCCCCUGUGUCAGACGGGCUCAGUGGAAGCUCACAGUACUCCUCUUCUCUGCGCUCCAAGUCCUACCAUGACAUGCACAAUGCUGGACUAGUGCCCGGAGAGACGCUGCCGGAGGACGAAGACGACCUCCCUGACAUGAACAAUAGCUUUACAGGAGACUCCAGUGAAUUUGACGAGCUUCAUCACUCGGUGCACCCCUUUCCCCCCCAUCAGAGUGCCCCGUCCUAUCUGGGGACGACUCCCUCACCAGCGGUCACCACGGAGAGCACACAGCAGCCCCACCCUCACCUGAGCCAGCCUCCCCCAGAGGACCCGCUGGGACCUCUGCCGGACAACUGGGAGAUGGCCUACACGGAGAACGGAGAGGUCUACUUUAUAGACCACAAUACAAAGACCACCUCGUGGAUAGACCCUCGGUGCCUGGACAAGCCUCAGAAACCCCUGGAAGAAAGUGAAGACGAUGAAGGGGUGCAUACAGAAGAGCUGGACAAUGACCUAGAACUUCCACCAGGAUGGGAAAAGAUAGAUGAUCCAGUGUACGGGGUCUACUAUGUUGAUCACAUCAACAGAAAGACCCAGUAUGAGAACCCAGUGCUGGAGGCUAAGCGACGCAGACAGCAGGAGCAGCCCCAGCAGCCCCAGCAGCCCCAGCCCCAGAGCCAGCAGCCCGCCGAAGAAUGGAUUGAAGAUUCCACAAUGGCCGGAGCACCGCUGGCCAGUUAUGCUGCCAACCACCAAGAGACCUACAGGGACCCGCAGACUACCCCCGCGGUGCCCAACGCCAUGGGACAGAAGCGAGGGAAGCCAUUCUUUACCCGCAACCGAUCUGAGCUCAAGGGCACGUUCAUCAAUACCAAACUGAAGAAGAGCCGCCGAGGCUUUGGCUUCACUGUGGUGGGAGGAGACGAGCCAGACGAGUUUCUGCAGAUCAAGAGCCUGGUGUUAGAUGGACCUGCUGCCCUGGAUGGCAAAAUGGAGACAGGUGACGUGAUUGUGAGCGUCAACGACAUAUGUGUGCUAGGUUACACACAUGCCCAAGUAGUAAAAAUCUUCCAGUCCAUCCCCAUUGGCUCCAUGGUUGACUUGGAGCUUUGCCGUGGCUACCCACUGCCCUUUGACCCAGAUGACCCCAACACCAGCCUAGUUACCUCAGUGGCCAUUCUUGAUAACAAGGACCCUAUUAUUGUAAACGGCCAGGAGGUGACUAACAGCUACGACUCGCCAUCCAGCCAUGGCAGCCAGAACAACAACACUGUCUCCACCAAUGGAGCGGCGCCUCUCAACGGGCUGCCCCGCCCUCAUAGCCCCGCUGCAGAGGUGGCUUCUGACACCUCGUCCCAGCACGGCUAUCCCAGUGAUGUGGUCACCCUGGCCUCCUCCAUCGCCACGCAGCCUGAGCUCAUCACCGUGCACAUGGAGAAAGGAGACAAAGGCUUUGGCUUUACCAUAGCAGACAGCCCGGGAGGGGGAGGACAAAGAGUCAAACAGAUAGUGGACUACCCUCGCUGCCGUGGCCUCAAGGAGGGGGACAUCAUUGUGGAGGUGAACAAGAGGAAUGUGCAGACCAUGUCCCAUAACCAAGUAGUGGACCUGCUGAGCAAGUGCCCCAAAGGCAGUGAGGUCACCAUGCUGGUGCAGAGAGGAGUGGCACCUGCAAAGAAGAGCCCCAAAUUGGAUAAUUAUGAGUUGGCCCCACCGUACAGAGAUUACACUAGGACGCAACUCACGAGGAAGGACAGUCAGAACAGCUCCCAGCACAGCGUGUCCAGCCACCGGAGUGCCCACACAGACUCGCCUGUGCACUCGUCUCUGGCCGCCCCCCUCAACGAGACGUCAGCCCCCCCUGCCCCGUCACAACCCCUGCCCGGCCUGCCCCCCCAGGACUCCCCCGCCGACGGGACCAUCCAAAGGAAACCGGACCCUGUCAAAAUCUGGGUCCAGUCCAGGAGCAUGUAUGAAAGUAGGCUUCCAGACUUCCAGGAGCAGGACAUUUUCCUGUGGAGGAAGGACACAGGCUUUGGCUUUAGGAUCCUCGGAGGAAAUGAGCCCGGAGAGCCAAUUUAUAUUGGCCACAUAGUGAAAUAUGGUGCUGCAGAUGAGGAUGGGCGUCUCCGCUCGGGAGAUGAGCUCAUAUGUGUGGACGGCACAGCGGUGGUGGGCAAAUCACACCAACUGGUGGUGCAGCUGAUGCAGCAAGCAGCCAAGCAGGGUCACGUCAACCUCACCGUACGACGCAAGACCAACUACGCCGUGAAAGCCGAGGGAGACGUGCCGCCCUCGCCUGCUUCGUCCCACCACAGCAGUAACCAAGCACCCAGCCUGACAGAGGAAAUCGGCAAACGUACGCCACAGGGCAGCCAGAACUCUCUCAACACAGUCAGCUCGGGCAGCGGCUCUACAUCGGGCAUCGGGAGUGGGGGAGGAGGAGGAGGAGGGGGAGGAGAGAGAGGGGCAAACAGCAGUGGAAAUACAGUCGUCCCAAUCUCGGCCCCUACCACGUCGUCCCAGCCCCCCAUCGCCACCUCCACUGCCAACACAAGCUCCGCCCUGCAGCCUUAUGACGUAGAGAUCCGCCGCGGGGAGAACGAGGGGUUCGGUUUUGUAAUAGUCUCCUCCGUGUCUCGACCGGACGCGGGAACUACUUUCGGGCGCAUCAUCGAGGGGAGCCCAGCUGACCGCUGCGGGAAGCUGAAGGUGGGGGACCGCAUCCUCGCUGUGAACGGCUGCUCCAUUACCAACAAGUCCCACUCGGAUAUCGUCAACCUCAUCAAGGAGGCCGGCAACACCGUCACACUGCGCAUCAUUCCUGGAGAUGAAUCUUCAAAUGCGUCUUUGUUGACCAACGCGGAGAAGAUAGCCACUAUUACCACCACUCACACAGCCCAGCAACAGGCUGCACCGGAGGCCAGGACCAACACCAAACCAAAACAAGAAUCGUUUGAGUUCAAAGCACCGCAAGCUCCGCCUCCACAACCUCCGACUCAAGUCUCACAGGAUGGGGAGUUCUACUCGGUGGACCUGGAGCGGGACAACAAAGGCUUCGGCUUCAGCCUGAGAGGAGGCAGAGAAUACAACAUGGACCUGUACGUGCUGAGGCUAGCAGAGGAGGGGGCAGCUGUCCGCAACGGCAAGAUGAGGGUCGGCGAUGAGAUCCUGGAGAUCAACGGCGAGAGCACCAAAGGCAUGAAGCACGCCCGUGCCAUCGAGCUCAUCAAAAGCGGUGGCCGGCGCGUCCACCUGGUGCUCAAGAGGGGAGACGGUUCAGUGCCCGAAUAUGACCCCAGCGACAUCAGUGCAGUCAACGCAGCCACAGGGUUACAAAACGCUGCGGAAAUGAGUGGCCUGCCCUCAUUCAAUGAACCGUCAGAGGCAAGCAUCCCACCAGAACCCCAACACUCAUCCAGGAGCAAGAAGGACACCAACCGUCACUCCAGCGGCACAGGAAGGCACCACCACUCCAAUCAUCGCCAUCGAUCCCCCCAUAAAAAGAGCGGUACAGGGAAAAGCAAAGGGAGGAGGUCCCCCGUCAAGCUGUUCAAGAAGAAGGACAAGGAUAGCAGCAGUGGGCAGCCUCACCGCAGCCGCCACCGCUCCCCUGAGCGCAAACACCGCUCUCACAGCGCCGAGAACGCACUGGACAGUCGCCAUAGAAGCGGCCGCUCACCGGACAGACGUCAUGGCCAUUCCUCAGGCCACCACAGACAUCGCUCUCCAAAUCGCUCCCCCUAUCGCCACCGCUCUCCCUAUCGCCACCACUCUCCCUAUCGCCACCGCUCCCCACACCGCACCAGGAGACACUCCCCCACCAGACAUCACCGCCACUCCCCUGACCCCUACCGCAGGUACGCCUCCCAAGACCGACAGCGGCAGCCCAACAAUGAGAAACCCAAUGGGGAGGUCUUGAAGGAGGUGCCCCAGUCUCCUGAACCCACCCCACCUUCAGAGCCGAGUGUGCUUCGAGAGCCCCCCGCCCUGGACCGUCUAAACCGUGAGGCUACACUUCCAUCCCUGCACAGAGAGGAGCGGCUGUAUGGGGAGGACAGUCUCCUCAACAGAGCCUCUUCUUUGGAAAGAGCCUACAGGGGGGAGAGCCUGAUGCGCGAUGUAGUGGCCCGCAACACCAGGGAUCCCUUCAGAGAUGUGACUUUACCCAGAGUACGCACACCUGACUCCGACUCUGCCUACCUGAGGUACAGCUCCCUCCUCAGGGGUCGAUCCCCCGACAGGCUGGACAGGGACGAGCGCUACCCCAGCCGCGGGAGCUCUCCAGAGCCGCGGUACCGAGCACGCAGCCUUGGGCGCGACGUCUCCCCCCUCCGCAGCUUCCGGAGAGAGGACUCAGAAGAUGAAGAGGAUGAUGACAACUUUGUAGCGGCCAAAGUAAGAGAGUACUACAGCACGCUGAAGAGUAACCCCAGCCGCCCGUCAAACUCCACUCUUCCGGAGCCCAAGAAAACCUACAAGGGGAACCCCAAAGAUUUGAGCAUUUGAUUGGCUGUUCAUAAUACUACUAUUGGUAUUAGACCACUCAGUCUCAUUACCAUUAUUCCUAACGGCUGCAAAGUAUCCUAUUGUGACCACAUAUGUGAUAAGACUUACAGUCUGUUAAAUAUGUGCCAACAUCCAGACACUGGCAAAACAGAGAUUCCAGAAAGACUUUGAAAAGCUUUGUUUCUCUUUUUUUAACUGUAUGUUUUAUUUUUAUUUUUUGUUGAACAUUAACAUUUAAAAUGACACUUGACUUUUACAGAAAAUGUAAAACCACAAAAAACAAAGAUGUGCCUAACAGUUUCAUCAACAAGCAACUUUUGUUUCUGACCUACUCCAUGGCAGGCAGUCUGUGCCUCUGUCCGAUGAUGAAAUGUAUGGACUUUUCCAAUGACCCCAAGGACCACGCACUGGGACCACCACAGUUGGUGCUCUCAAUAAUGCUGUGCAUGUCUUUACCACUUUCAAUGUCUUCUCUCUUUCUCCCUCCUAAUUUCUUUCACUCUCUCUCUCUCUCUCUCUCUCUCUCUCUCUCUCUUUCUCUCUCUUUCUAUAUAGCUCCUCCCAGUGCCACUGUUUUUAGACAUUUGACCAGACUAUAGCACAAGCCUGCAUUUGUUUGUAUAUUUUUGACAGUUUGCAGUUUGUGUACAUUCAGAGGUGGUCAUUUUAAAUGAAUGAAGGGAAACUUAAAAGUUCAACUAUGACAAUGAUGUUAAAAUAAAAUAAUAUAUUCAACAAAUAAAUACAUGU